GUUGUGGCAAAGGGGUAACCCAAAACUACCUCAGAGUGACAAACGUACAAAAUGACUUGUGUUUUGAAUACCGUUCUAUUGUGCUGGACUCUAUAGCGACAAGCAAAUAUUGCUCUACAGCCGGCCCACUGGAGUAAGGUGAUACUUUGUGUAAGAUUAUCUGGGGCGCCUGUGUCAACACAUACAACCUUUAUAUCGGCCCUCGUGUUCCGCCCCUAUGUAGGACCACGACGGACGGGCUGAUCACGAGAAGAUUUAACGCUACGAAGCCACGAUGUUCUUGCUCGUUUUCCUGUUUCUGACGUCCUUGGCAGAUGCUCAGGAAAGAGGAACGCCGGGCCAACGUCCAGAGCUCAACCAUAGCCCUGAGUCCGCGCCCCACCUCUACCAUGGCGACAUCAAGCUAACACCGAUGCAGAGGGCCAACAUUGAGAGAUACGAUAAUCCAUAUGGUCCGAGCACGGGUCGCGCGGCCAGUAGCCAAGACAAGACUCGCUGGCCCAAUGCGGUGAUUCCUUACGAGUUUGACUGCUCCAUAGCAAACAUGGAAAGCGCAAUUAAAUCCACGAAGCAAGCCAUGGCGGAGUGGGAGAGCAAGACCUGUAUCCGAUUUGUCAAGCGAACAACAGAGACGGCUUAUCUGUCAUUCUUUAGGGGACAGGGAUGUUGGGGUCACGUGGGUCACACGGCUAACUACAAGAGUCAGAUCUCCAUUGGCGACAACUGCGACUUUCAGCACGUGAUGACUCACGAAAUUGGUCAUUCUGUGGGUUUCUGGCACGAGCAGAGUCGACCGGAUAGAGAUAACUAUAUCCAGGUCCUCUGGGAGAACGUCGUGGACGGACUCCAUGACGCAUUUGAAAAGCGAAAAUGGGGCACGGAGGUCACGGACUACGGAAGCAAGUACGACUUUGCUUCCAUAAUGCACUACCCGUUCACAGCCUUCUCAAAGAAUGGAAGGCCGACCAUCAAAGCCAUCGCCGAUAUGCAGGGCAAGACCCCGUAUGUAGCUCUAAGUGCAGAUGACGCCAUGCAGACGAACGCCAUGUACAAGUGCAAUGCUGUUAUGAGGAAAAGAAUGGCAGACGAUUUUGAUGCACACUUCAAGCCAGCUCCACGUAUAGGAAAAAGAUCAAAUACAUGCUCUGAUAAAUCCCAGAACUGUCACAACUUCAAGUCGUACGGCUAUUGCACCCACACGAAUCACGUUGACAGCCUCCUCUAUUGGUGCCCAGUCACCUGCGACAUGUGCAGCUCAGAUUCUUGCAUGGAUAAGAGUGGCCAAUGUAAGUCAUGGGCCGAAAAUGGUCACUGCCAGACCGCGGUGGAGGCAAUGAAGCUAGACUGUCCCUACUCUUGCGGCUUUUGUGGCACCAGGCCCACUCAGUCACCAGUUACCCAGGCUCCCACUGAUCCUCCGACACAUGCUCCCGUGACUUCAGGACCCACCACAUCGCCGACAGGAGCUGUUGGGUUAAAGUGUGCUGACAAACGAAGAGAAUGCCCUGAUUGGGCGAGAAGAGGAAAAUGCUCCAAAUCUGGGUGGACGUUCAGGAACUGUCUGAUCAGUUGCAAGGCGCGCUGUGACACCGCGCCCCCAAAAGCCCCAGGCUCGUGUGGACAAGCCCUCGGACUCGGUUGGAAUCCGACUCUCCCCGACAUCGCCUUUUCUGCGUCGACCACUCUUAGACCAGGAGGAGGAUGGGAAGCUGCGGCCCAUAGCGCCAGGCUGUACAUGGAAGACGAUCAUAACCGGAGGCUGAUUGGGGGUUGGUGCCCAACGUCUCGCGAUAACAGUUGGCUCAAGAUUGACCUGGGACGAGAGAAGCGUUUAACGGCCAUCGCAACCCAAGGACGGGACGUGUUCUAUGAGCACGUCGAGAGAUACGAGCUGGAGUUUAGCAGGGAUGGUAGCAACUGGACCAAGUACCCCAAGGUAUUCAAGGGCAAUUGCGAUCACUUCACGCCAGUGCUCAACACCUUCCAGCCCCAAGUAGCACGCUUCAUCCGGGUACUUCCACUUGGUAACCAGUACGCGUGGCCAUGCAUGCGCCUGGAGCUCUACGGCUGUGACUCCUAGAGAACUCUUCAUACACCCACCAGAAAAUGGAGAAAAUCAAAACUCAUUUAUUUAAAGCUUAGAAGACAGAAAAAAUAUAUAUCGAAUUAAUAAAGAGUACCAUGAACCAA